AUGAAACAAAUAAUUAAAUCAUUUGGUUGGUUUUUAUAUGGAGGUGUAUCAUGUUAUUGUAUACAACGAUUUUUAGUUGAUUUUCUUUACAUAGAACAUAAUGAAAAUGAACUAUUUCAAUCAGGUGAUAUUGUUGUUUUGGAUAUAUGGAAUCGAUUAAAACUGAAUAGAAACAAUUUAAUAUGCGCCAAAUCACCUGAAAAUCAUCAACAGACAAUAGUUGGCCAUGUUAUCGCUUUUCAAGAUGAAAGUGUUAACAUUCGACCAGUAAAUAAAAGAAUUAAAUUCGUUCAAAUUCCUAAAGGAAGUAUUGCUAUUAAAUUAUUAGCAAAUGAUAAUCAUCACGAAAUCAAAAUUUUGCCAAUCGGUUUAAUCGAAGGCCGUACAUUAGCGCGAAUUUGGCCAUUGAAACGUUUUACUUGUCAUUUGCUUAAUAUGCGUUCAUCAUCAGUGGAUAUUUGA